AUGAUAAUGAUUCAGUGCUUCGCGUGGACGCCAACUUUAAGUGCUCCUUUAAUCCUUCCCGUCCAUUUCACAUCUCUACCAUCCUCUAUCAGAAUCUCCGCAUCUCGUUCUUGCAUUGCAAUACAUUACUAUGGGAGAUUGGCUGCGAAGCAAGGAUGGAGAUUUGAUUCAACUUAUGAUCAUAAAGACAGUACCGGAGAAUCUGUUCCUUUUACAUUCAUCCUUGGCUCUAGCAAUGUCAUUUCGGGGAUCAAAACAGCCGUGAGGUCGAUGAAAGUAGGCGGAAUUCGCCGUGUGAUUAUACCUCCGUCUCAAGGCUACCAGAAUACAACACAAGAGCCUCUCCCGCCAAAUUUCUUUGACAGACAAAGACUUUUCACGACCAUAUUUAAUCCAACACGUCUCGCCAAUGGAGAAGGGUCUACUCUUGGAACUCUCGUUUUCGACAUCGAACUUGUCAGUACCAGGCGUCAGCAGCACCGAUGA